UAAUUAAAUUAAAUCAAAGCACUUUAAUGAAGAAAGAAGAAGAAAAGGAGUCAAGCAAUACUCAUUAAAAAAGCCCCAGAUUUCAACCAUGAUGUCCAAACCCUGUUAAUCACUGCCACCUUAUUCUUACCUUUCCACUGCUGUAUAGUGGAUGCUAUGCUACUUUGAGCACUCACUCUCUCUCUCUCACUCUCUCUGUGAAACACACAGACCCAUAUCCACAAAAUCUGUGCUUAGUCCCCCGUUCGUCCUCUCUCAUAGUCAGGGUCUGCUUGCGUUUCUUUGACUGUUUUCUUAAACUGUUAAACAUAAAUUUCCUUUUCUUUUUUGGGUAAGAAUCGUCUUUGAUUACUCAAUAACAGGAGAAACGGUUCUCUCCUGCAUGGCAAUCUCAAAGCUCAAAGAAUUUCAGAGUUUAUUCUUAAAUAACAAACAGAUGGGUUCUUCUAUGCAUGCCCUUUUAUGGGCUUUCCUUUUACUGAAUUCUCAUUUCUUUCCUUAUACGAUUUGUGGGUUUUCUCUAGUGUAACUCUUGUUCUUACUUGAAGAUUACCCAUCAGUAGGUUUGUUCUAUAAUUUAUUAAUAUUAUUGUUUCUAGAGUGUUUUGUUUUUUAAUUCCCCCUAUUCUUUGGAGUGAGUGAGUUGGAGAUUGGGGGAUUCUGGUUUUCUCACUCGUAGUGGGAAGAGAGAUGGGGGUGCAAGAUAUUCUUGUGAUGGUGAAACUCUGCAUCUUUUUCGUCACUUUGUGUGUUCUUGGAUCUGCAGGGUACAAUAUUUCACCAUCACCGGCAAUUUUUUCCGCACUUCCUCCAAAUGAAGAAAGAGAACCUCGUCUUGGCUAUCCUAAGUCACUGAGGACUGGCACACCAAGUCCACCUCCUCUGCAUUAUGGCUCAGUAUUACAUCCUCCAAUGGAAUUGGCACACCAAGAUUCUGUUCCUGUGUCUCCACCUGUCCUAGGGUUAGUACCAGCCAUGCCUCCAAGUCCUUCGACAGUAUUGCCACCACAUGAGUCAGCACCUCUGCCUGAACCUGACCAAGGGCCCUCACCAUCAAUUCUACGAAGGUCACCACAUAGAAGGCAUCGAGAUGUGCCAAUCGCAUCACCACCAGGCAAAAUUCCAUGGAAAUCACCAUCUUUCCCGCCAACUUCCCCAGGAAGAACUCCAUCUUUGCUGCCAGGUGCUUCUUGUAAUAUUUAUCCACUGAUCAGUAAUAUACUCUAGGAGCAUUUAUUCUGG